AAAAGAGGAAGCGAGUCCAGGAGGCUCUUCAGAGUGCCCGCGUGGCUCUCCAGGGGUGCGCACUGUCUUGCUCGCUGCUGCUCCCGGUGAUGCUGCUGCUUCUGCUGCUGUCGGUCAGCUCUGCUGGAUCUGGGGGCGCUGCUCGCUCGCGGUGGAGCGGGGAGGGCACCACCCAGCACCUGCAAAGCAUCUUCCUGGGCCGCUGCACCGAGUAUCUCGCACUGCUGAAUCCCGAGCUGCGGGACAAGAACUGCACCGCCAUCUGGGAAGCCUUCCACGCCGUGCUGCAGAAGGACCCCUGCUCCGUGUUGCCCUCCGACUACGACCUUUUCAUAAACCUCUCCAGGCACUCCAUCCCCAGAGACAAGUCCCUGUUCUGGGAAAACAACCAGUUCCUCGUUAGCAGCUAUGCGGGGAACACCCGUCGCCUUACGCCUCUGAGCCACGUUCUGUACGGCAAGGUCGUAGACCUGCUGAGCUGGUGCCGCCAGGAAAACGGCUCCGGGCUCCAUUACCAGUCGUGCCCUACGUCGGAGGAUUGCGAAAACAAUGCUGUGGAUUCUUUCUGGAAAAGGGCUUCCAUGCAGUACGCAAAGGAUAGUUCUGGUGUGGUCCAUGUCAUGCUGAAUGGCUCGGAGCCCAGAGGAGCCUAUCCUGUAAAAGGGUUUUUUGCGGAUUUUGAAGUUCCCCACUUGCAGAAGGAUAAAAUCACACACGUUGAGAUCUGGGUCAUGCAUGAAAUCGGAGGACCCAUCCUGGAAUCCUGUGGAGAAGGCAGUGUGAAGAUCCUGGAGGAGAGGCUGAAGGAAAUGGGUUUUCAGUACAGCUGCAUUAACGAUCACCUCCCAGUGAAGCUCUUGAAGUGCGUGGACCACAGCACUCAUCCUGACUGUGCCCUAAAGUCUCAUGUGCCUGACAUAGGCUCUGAUUCCUGAGCCGCCCACUGCAAAGAGGCGUCUGCCUCCAGGUCCACGACAGGAAACUGCACGACAUCACCGGCCACUGACUGGAGAGCCGGCACCCGAGCCCAUUUUGAGUCCCCUGUGUACCCACCCAAUAAGGAGUGAGCCCCGAAACCCUAACCCUCCACCCAUCGUGACCCCCGGUUAAGGCAGAACCCCAGACCUGUGUUUUCUACUCACAACCUGCAACCUUGCUGUGUAGCCCCAGGUGUGUUGGGUAAUUUUCAGGUCCAGAAAGCAAUAAACAUUUUUUUUCAAAGCUUU